UUAAACAGUGUCAGAAGGAAACUGAAAGUGAAAAUCUCACUAAGGUUUAAAGGCUGCUUCAAGAGCAGAGGACCUGACGCUGUCCUAUUGUCUACAUGGCUUCGUCACUCCGAGAGCCCAAGCCUGGAGACCUGAUUGAGAUUUUUCGUUUUGGCUACGAGCACUGGGCCAUCUAUGUAGGAGACGGCUAUGUGAUCCAUCUGGCUCCUCCAAUUCUAGGUGAUUUCCUUGGGGCUGGCUCCUCCAGCCUCUUCUCAGUUCUGAGCAGCACGGCGGUGGUGAAACAGGAGCGCCUGAAGGAUGUGGUAGGGAACUGCGACUACCAGAUCAACAACUACUUGGACCACCGGUACAGACCAAGGCCUGUGGAGGAGAUCAUCAGUUCUGCGAAGGAGAAGGUCGGUAAGAAGAUGGAGUACUCUGUUCUGACCAAAAACUGUGAGCACUUUGUCACCGAUCUCAGAUAUGGCACAUCAUGGAGCAAACAGGUGGAAGAGGUCCUGUCUGGAGGAGGUACAACGACGACACUUGGAAUUCUGACUACAAUUCUACACUUCGUUUUUAAUAGAAGAAGCCAAAGCCAGUGACAGCCAAGAGCAACCACAAAAUCUGGUGUGAGGAGCAGCUGUAGAGGCCCCACAGAGCAUCUGACCCUCACUCACAUAGAGUUCCUUGUUCAUCCCGCUUCCACUUUCCCUCUCUCACUGGUUGCUAAAAUAAA